UCUGCGAAGCAGAAGGAAACUGCUGCGGUGCGUUGCGUACGAGGAGGAGGAGGAGGAGGAGGAGAGAAGCCCUUGCAAGAGCCAGCCGAGGCCACGCUCCGCCCGCGUGGCUCGAGAGCAGGGGGAAAAACAGGCGCUGACUGAGUAGGGAAGCGGCAGCACCAAGUUCUCCCCUCCCAGGGGCGGCUCCUGUCCCGCUCGCCUGGUGCUAGGGGUGGCCGGCCUCCUCCGUUGGCAGAGCCAGCCGGCCACUCCCUUCUUGCUCGGAGGAGACGGCGAGGAGGGCUCUGCUGCUGCAGCCCGUGGGGCGGUCCCCUUCUUCCUCCCUCAUAAAGCCCGGCAGUUGGGCCCUUUCUCCCUCACACUUUCCCCCGCCGUCCGCCAUGGAGAUCUGCUGGCCGUGCCUCCUGGGGUGGGUCACCGCCCUUUCCCUCUUGGGCUAUCUGCUCAGACGCUGGUGGCGAGCCGACGGCGACUUAACUUUGCUGUGGGCGGAAUGGCGAGGCAAGAAGCCUGAAAAUGAAUUACCUGGGAAAGUGGUCUGGGUGACGGGAGCAUCCAGUGGUAUUGGUGAGGAACUGGCCUACCAGCUGGCCAAGAUCGGAUCACUGCUUGUGCUUUCAGCAAGAAGAGAGAAUGAACUGGAGCGAGUGAAAAAGAAGUGUCUUGAGAUCGGCAGCUUAGGUGACACAGAUAUCCUCAUUGUGCGACUUGAUUUGACGGAGAGAAGCACCCACGCAUCUGCAACCAAAACUGUUCUCCAGCAUUUUGGAAGGAUUGAUGUCUUGAUAAACAAUGGUGGACGUUCCCAGCGUUCUCUCUUUGUGGAUACAAGCGUUGAUGUCUACAAGGCUAUAAUGGAGCUCAACUACCUGGGCACCAUCUCCUUAACCAAAUACGUCCUAGAUCACAUGAUACAGAGGAAGAAGGGGAAGAUUGUCAACAUGAGCAGCGUGAUGGGCAUCAUGGGGGCACCCUUGGCAACUGGCUAUUGUGCCAGCAAACAUGCCCUGCAGGGUUUCUUUAACUCCCUUCGGCCUGAGCUUGCUGAGUAUCCUGGGAUAUGUGUUACUAACAUCUGCCCGGGGCCAGUCCAGUCACAGAUCAUACAGAAUGUCUUUACUGAAGAGGUCUCAAAGAUAAACGCAACCGUUGGCGAUCAGAGCUACAAAAUGUCAACUGACCGUUGUUGUCGGCUGACUCUGGUUAGCCUAGUCAAUGAGCUGAAGGAAGCCUGGAUCAGUGACAAUCCCUACCUGGCAGUCUGUUACCUCUGGCAGUAUAUGCCUACCUGGGCGUGGUGGCUUCUGAACCGCAUGGGAACUCGGAGAAUACAGAAUUUCAAAAGUGGACUGGAUGCCGAUAUUUCUUACUCCAAAAAGUAAGACUCCUUGAGGCAAAGCAGCUCCGUCCACAAGGCCUGCGGCAGGAUAAAGAAUCCCCCCUCUGCUUCAAGUGCAAGGCUUCCCCCUACCCCCCAAAAGUAUAUACAUUUGACAAGAAGCGAUGUAUAACCUGGCAUAAAUAUUAUGCCUGUUUUAAGCUGUUCACUCUGAAUAAAAAUGUCUGUGUGCUAUUGUAUACAAAAACAUUCUUUAUAUACUUCCUGGCCUUUCUUGGUGCUGUCUUCUGCUUUGUACGUAAUCCUAUGGCAGUCAUCCAAGUCUACACUCUUACAAGGCAUUUUCUCAAAUGCUGUCUUGUAGUUUCUUAUAGCUCAUUUACUCACAAUUCCUCUUUGAGAACACCUCAAGGUCUCAGGGCACAAAAGCUUCAGGUUAGUACUUGAGCUGAUUUUUGACAACUGCUCUACUACCUCCUGUGUGACCACCACUAAAUCACCAAAGCUGUAGGAAAUGCCUUUAUCCUCCAUGGAGAGCGCCAGACGCGUGGAAUGGUUUCAUGCCUCCAGCAUAAGAGGCUAUGCUCACGCGUUUGUUGCUGCAGCGCGGCUGUACGCCGCAGCGACUCAUGAGUUAGCCCCCCAAAAAAACCUGGGAGGACUACAUCAAGCCUCCCGGCAUCGGGGGGGCGCUCCCCAGAAUGCCCCAUGCACUUGUUCAGGUCAUUCUGGGGGCCAGGGGGCCCCUGAACCCUGGUGCCCAAACCAGCUCCAUGAUGGAGCCAGUAAUUGUCUGGGCAGCCCAAGGAGGGCUUCCUGCUUGUGUGAGGGGAGAGUGGGUCAAGUCCGCUCUCCCGAACAGCCCCAUUCAGGCUCUUUACACUGCUCGUGUGGAGAGUCUUUUUGUCUUCCUCCGACAGGAAAACCUCAGUAUUUUGUGGCCGUUCGUUCCCAGCUAGUGCCGCACAUACCGAAACCAUGAAUACUGAGGCAUUGGGGCAAUGCAAAUUGGAGGGUUAGCUUCCUAAGGGGGUGAAACUGCAAAAAAAGCAUGGGGGAAAGUGUAAGUGCCCUACCGUGCUAAAUGGGUCCCCAGCAGUCCUGCAGUGCACGUCAAGAGUCAAAAAUUGGCCCAAAAUCACAGGUGGGUGUUUUGUGUUUUUUGUGUGAAACAAGCCACAAAAUGGCUCUUCUGAAAAUGGUAGCUGGAAAUGAUUUCAGAGGCCAUUUUCUGCCACCCCCAAGUGUAAUCCCUUUUUUGCCACAUUUUUUACAGCAUACACAGAGGUUGGGAGUCCAUUACCAGACCACGAAUACACAAAUCCACAGAUGCAGGAUCCAUAAAUAUCUAUUUUUCUCCUGCACUUCUCAAUUUUGUGAGACCUGCUAAUAAGGCUUAUAAGGGGAAUAUUAAGAUAGUGACAUACUGAAAGCCAAAGCAGUGGGGAACCUUGCUUCAGAUUCCCACUCAGCCAUGAAACUGGCUACCUUUGGGGCUGGUUGUGCACUCUCUCAGCCUAACCUUCCUCACAGAGUUGUGAAGAUAAAAGGAAAAAGGGUGGCACCAUGUCUACCAGUCUGAGUUCCUGGAAGUAGAAGAUGCAUGUGGAUAAAAGAGCAGGUUAUCCAGCAAAGAGAAGCAGGAUAAUGAUACACCUGCCCCUUACUUGCAAAGCAUCUGAAUUGAUUUUCAAUUCUAGCAUUUUUUUUUAAGGGAGGACUCCCAUGGAGGAAAGCUUUGUGUCCUACAAGUAACACCGGAACUUGGGUUAGAAACCCACUCCUGGUUACGUGAAUGCUGAUCCCAUUGAGAUCACUGUCAUUUAUCGUAAGCAGAAUUAUAGCACUUUCCCCAACUUGCCAGUCUUCUUACGCUGACUGACAAACCUUUACCAAAGUACUAGCAUCCAAGUUGCUGCACUCAACAAAAACUGUUGCAUUUUCUUAUAGGCUGAACAGAUGUAUGCUAAAAUGUUCAAGUAUUCCUUUAUGACAAUGCAAAUAAAGUAUACAAUAUAACAAA